AUGGCGUGGCGAGUACCAUUCCUGUUAGCUUUUCUGCCCACAUGGCAUGCGCAGAUACUGGACCAGACGCCAACAUGGAAGUUCAAGGUGACUUUGGAUGACACCCUGCAUUUGUCAGCUGGCACGCGCGGGUCAGACCUUUUGGCUGAUUCUGCUUUCACCGUGUUUGUGCAAAGGCUGCUUUCUGGUGCUAUGGUGCUGCCGAUAACCCACAUUCCACCAUCUGCCUUUGUGCUCCAGAACGCCACGGUUUUAGAGGAUGUCAACACAGAAGCUACCAAUGCUCAUGGUGGAGUUGGUCACGGCAAGAAGGCUGUAAGAUUUGAGGCAGAGCUCUCGAUCGAAAGCAGAUCUGUCGCCCUGGAAAUUUGGCGGAUGCCUUCCAUUUCGUUGGCAGGACUUGCGCCGUGGCGUAAGUUACACGUUGAAACCAUCACUGAUAUGUCGAUUUUUCAAUGA